UGAGUGGUCUACAAUAACCUGUGAAUGUGAACAAAAUCAAUAGCUGAUUUGCCUCAAAUUCUCGUUUAUUAGUUUUCUACGGUUUAUUUUAGUAUAAUAGUGUUUAUAAUUACGGCAAGAUUCGUUGAAUAUAUGAACAAUGGCUUCUCCGUCGCCAAAAUCGCCUGAACAAAGUGAAAAGAAUAAACAAUAUGACCGGCAACUUCGUUUAUGGGGUGACCACGGGCAAGCAGCUCUUGAGAACGGCCAUAUUUGCCUAAUAAAUGCAACGGCUCUUGGUACUGAAAUCCUUAAAUCUAUAGUUCUCCCAGGGGUCGGAGCAGUUACUAUCGUAGACGCUAACGAAGCAACUGACCAAGACAUUGGAAGUAACUUUUUCCUGGAAUGCUCAAGCAAAGGCCUCAACCGAGGAUCAGAAGCGCUUCGCCUAAUUCUAGAAUUAAACUCGGCAGUGCAAGGUCAUGCUGUGCAGGUAUCGCCGGACCAGAUACUCCAAGAGAAUCCAGAUUUCUUCAAGAGUUUCAGUGUAGUCAUAGCAACAAGUAUUGGCGAGAAGACUGUUAUAGAUUUAUCCCAACAUUUGUGGGAUAUCAAUGUACCAUUUAUUUUCUGCAGAUCAGUAGGCUUCCUAGGAUCGUUUAGAAUACAAGUGAAAGAACAUGCUGUGAUAGAAACGCACCCAGACAAUGAACAAGUCGAUUUACGGCUGGACACCCCAUUUCCUGCCCUUGCAGCAUAUAUUGACAGUUUUGACAUUGAUACAAUUGAUUUGAAGGAUCACGGUCAUAUCCCAUGGCUUAUCAUUAUAUAUAAGGCUGUUCAAAAGUGGCAAAUCAAAAAUAAUAGCAGUUGGCCAAUGAGCAGAAAAGAAAAAAAUGAAAUCAAAGACAUUAUUCAGGAUUUUAUCAGAAAGGAUGAGAAUGGCAUCCCAAUUAAUGAGGAAAACUUUGAAGAAGCUACAAAAGCAGUGAACACAGCUUUGAUUCCCACAUAUCUGCCAUUAAAAAUCAAGGAUCUCAUUUACAGUACUUCAGCUACUAAUUUGACUAAAGAAAGUUCACAAUUUUGGAUCAUGUGCUCUGCUCUGAGAGGUUUUGUUGAAGGUGAAGGAAAAGGAAAACUUCCUGUGAAAGGAGUCUUACCUGACAUGACCUCAUCUACAGACUACUUUGUAAAAUUACAGAACAUAUACAGGACUCAAGCUGCUCUUGAUGCCGAGGCAGUUUAUAGGAAGGUGCAAGAAAUUGUAGCUCAAUUGCACUGUGAUAGCAUAAGUGAAGCUGAUGUCAAGUUGUUCUGCAGACAUUCUCAUGAUUUGCAUGUGAUCAAGGGUUCCAAUAUAGCCACUGAACACCAGAUGGGUAGUGCUGUGGCUUCAUAUGUAUCUCGACAUUUAGAAGAACCAGAUAUCAUGAUGGUUCAAUACAUUGUGCUCCGUGCUGCGGAGAUCUUCAAGUCUGAACACUGCAGAGCCCCAGGUGAUCUGGAGCUAGAAGGUGACAUAGCUCAGCUGAAAGCAUGUGUCUCCAAACUACUUACUGAUAUACAAUGUUUUCCUUUUCCCAAAGAUGAAUUUAUUCAUGAAAUGUGUAGGUAUGGAGGUGCUGAGUUACACAGUGUGUCUGCUUUUCUGGGUGGUUGUGUUGCCCAUGAGGCAAUUAAAAUUGUCACUAAACAGUACAAACCUGUACAUAACACAUUUAUUUAUGACGGAGCUUCAACGAAUACCGCUACUUUCACAUUUUGAAACUGGAUUUAGGAUAUAAUAAACCAUAAGUAAGC